AUGGCAACUUUAAUUUAUUCAUUACGUCCGCAAAUAUUUCGGCCACCACGCCGCUCAUUUUCCCCCAAUCUUUCUGUGAAGGCUGAUAGGAUAGCCGGUAUCCGUUGGAUCACUGUUCCUGCUCGACGAAAUCACGAUGCUCCGCGAAUUCAAGCACUCGGGCGUUUCAGACAUCCAGCACAUACUUAUCCCUAUGCAUCUCCCUUCUCUGCCCCAAAUACACUGGCUAUAACCCCAGGAUACUCAUUUAUACUGCGCCAAAGCCUUGCAUCAGGUUCGCAUCAGCGACGUCUGCGAAGAUGCUACAGCGAUUCUCGGCACAAUCCUCAAAAGGAUCCCAACGAGAAAGAGUCCCCCUUCGUUGUGACAAUAGAACUAUAUGUAGCCGGUGCAGCAAUUGGGAUUGCUGCAAUCUACUACUUUUUUCACUUGGAACGUGUGCCUCAGACUGGACGCUGGAGAUUCAUGGGAAUCCCUCCGCAAGUGGAAGCUGAGCUUGUAAAGGACGAGCACACACAGCUUUUAAAGGAAUACGGUGGGCGUAUUCUUCCGCCAGACCAUCCCAUAACGCAACAAAUCCGAGUUGUUGUAUCUGCAAUUCUCGAAGCAAACGAGCUUGGGGUUCUAUCCAACACAUCUGUUCCAACUCAGGGCCAAAAGGGCUCAACAUCUCAAACCGCAGAUGUGGAGAUAUGGGAUCCUGAUGCGGAGCGAGCGGUGACCGAUUUCGUUGCGGAUGAUAAGAGUUUAUCCGAUCCUUAUAUAGGCGGCGCACACCGUGAGUGGAACUUAAUCGUAGUUCACGAUGAUAGUAUCGUAAAUGCGAUGGCUGGAAGUGGUAACAUCAUUGUCUUUACUGGUAUUCUUCCCGUUGCGUAUGACAUGAAUGGUCUGGCCGCUGUCCUAAGUCAUGAGAUCGCACAUGUAGUGGCGCGUCACGUAUCCGAAAAGCUCUCGAAGACACUGUUAUUAAACGCUGUAUACUACAUCUUAUAUUUCUUAGGAUAUGAUGUCGGUUUUCUUCCAGUGAUUAUGAAGUACCUCUACCAUCUGCCGAACUCACGUAUACAGGAGCUUGAAGCUGACAAGAUAGGCCUCCAGUUAGCUUCCCGCGCAUGCUUUGACCCGCGGGGAGCUGUUUCCAUGCAAACACGUCUAGAAACCCUCGAACGCCGAGGCGGAGCCUCCCGACUAAACCUAUCCGUACUGCAGACUCAUCCAACCGGACGAGCACGUAUCAAGCUCCUCACUGACUCCCUCCCUGAAGCAUACGCCCUCCGCGCUGCGAGCCCUGCUUGUGCACAGCUAGAGGAUGACUUUGAUGCGUUUAAGGCUAUGGCAAAGGACGUGGGUGAAGAACAGCGACGCGAGGUGUCUUCGAGGUAG